UUCACUUUCAUAUGGAAACAAUACUCGGAGCUCCACCGUCGUCUUCACUCUUCCCCUUUACCUCAUUACAGUUUAAUGGAUGGUCUGUUUAUUGUUCAGCAUAAACACAGCAAGACUGAACCUCUCUGCUUGUGUGUAUGUGUGUGUCUGUGUGUGUGUGUGUGUAUAAAUCAGAAGAGAGCAAUAGAUAACUGGACAAAGACAUAAAAAUAUGAAAACCUAAAACGCCAUGUAUGAGUUACUGUAUACAGGACAGAAUACUCAUACCUCUAUCAUUUUGCACGUCCAGAGCCUGAAGAUGCCUAAUCAGGAAACACGCACAAAUUGAGAUGCAAAAAAACAUAUAUGAAUUUAACAGUAAAAAAAACAAAAAACACUUAUGGACUUAGAAACACACGGUGAAAAUAGGAUGGAAAAUAUAAAAUAUAUAUAAAUAUGUAAAAGGAAUCAAAAUAGAGAGACACAGUAGAAAUAGCUACACAAAUAAAGUGCCUGUGUGGGGAAUACAGGGUGCAUUGCACAGAACAAGUUAUGGCACCGAUAUAAAUAGAACAUAUAUUGGGUGUGAAGAUGAACAUAUAGAGCAGUCACCUUGAGCAGUCCAGUGCAGCGGUGGUGCCGCCGUGAGGUGGGCAGCGAGCGCUGUGCGUUCAGCAGGGUGACGGCUCUGUGGUUAAUGUAAUGAAUAAGAUUAGAUAAGUUAAACAUACAGUAGUGAUUUAUUAUAUGCUAAUAAGGUCACUAUAUGAACUUUGGUAUAACAUAAUAACAUAAAAAAAACAAAAAAACAAACUCUGACUGUGUAAACUAACUGUAUACCCGCUCACCAAACAGCCGACAGAGACAAAGUUUGCAACUGGUGAAUAUUUUCAUUAUUUUGGAGUAUUCAACUCAGGAGUAAAUGAGGACACCGAGACCAUGGGCCAAAAGAAACCAGAAUACUCAACUUCAAAUGGAUUUCAGAUGCGGCGCCAUGUCUACUGGACGCUGUUUAUAAAUAAACAUCUGUAUAUUCACUUGCUUUCCCUAUCAACUUAAAAAGGUCAUAAAAUGUCAGUGUUGUGUUUCCAAGUAGACAAAACAAAAGCAUUAAUGCAGAUUUAAGAUGAACACGCACAAAAAAAAGGAGAUUCAGGGUCACAGGGUUUCUCUCACUAUCCACUCAGCAGCAGGCGAACUGAAGACUGGAAUAUGUGAAGUGGAACACGGUUAAUGAAUUGCAGCAGCUUCGCAACAUAACAAUAGACGAUCUUAAUUGCAUGCAGAGAAGUAUUAAAGAAAGCAAAACACAAAAACGGGAUUUCACAAAAACAUAAAAACUUAAAAAGAAAAUUGAGCCGUUCACAUCUCACCAACAACUUAUACCUCUGCACUUGCUGUUUCCUCGGUUUCUGUGCAAUGCCAAAUAUAGAUUCUGCAGAAUUGUAAUUGAUAACUGCACAUAGCGACACAAGGAGACUGAAAGAGUUGGCGAGAAACGAAGAAACAUUCUUCAGUUUGCUUUUUUUGUUUAAGCUGCUCCACAUGCAAGAUGUAUUUAUGACCCUAAAGCUGGCAAGAUGCCGCCUACAUAUGGAAAAACACCAGAGGCAAAAACCUUGUUAGAUGAAAAUCUUUGGUCUGUAUUAAGCCUCUUUUUUAAAGAUAAUUCAUUGAUUACUUUUCAAUAUUCAAAUAUUUAAUUUCAAUAUUCCCAAAAUAAGCUUAUGUUUGAUUUUCAGCAGACAAGAGUUUUCCUCCACGCUGCUUUCAAUCAUCUCACGUGGUCUGUCAGCGAGGGAGUACCAGUAAAUUACCAGUAAAUCACUUCUUAGAGUUGCAUCUUAGGUGAAAUUAUGUGUUCAUGGCAGAACGGAUUUGCUGCAUGAUAAAAAUGGAACAUGAACCGCAAAAAUAAAGAGCAGUUCAUUAUCUUCAAUGAACGGGCCACUUGAAUCAGUUCAUUUGGAAGAUGAGGUUUGCUGGAGGGCAAUCAAAAAACAAACUUUACAGCCAGGGCAACAUGGAAGCCAUUUUAACACGCCACACUUGUGGAAUCGUGGAAAUGAUAUUGUUUUUUUGGUGCAUGUGACUUAUUUAAAAACAGAUCCCACGUUUCUGGGGUUGAAUUUAUUAGGCACAAGCUUUGGAUAUGGUUUAUCAGGUUUUUUUUACAGAUAUGACAGACAUAUCCAAACUGUGUAUACGUGCAUGCACGUGUCAAAGAGUGAUUGUGUCUUAAUGCCACCAGAAUGCUGACGGUUGUGUCGCACCUUUCAGGGCAGUUUACUUUUUACCAACCUUUCCAGUCGCAGCGUGACAAACUGUGUGAGAAUUGACUGUCGAAACCAAAAUUAAAAAACUGAACUGAGAUCGUCUGUGGAUUUCAUUUCCCUAUCCUCCUUGCCGUGUUUCUCCGCUGCAAUGUCUGUGCAUGUUCUCCAUUCCCCUGUGCGGCUGCAGAAAUCUAAAUGUCCCGCUGUUCUCAGAUGGAGGACAUAGACGUCAUGUUCAGUCAACUGCUCGACGAGAUCGACCACCUCGCUCAGAGUUUACCUCCUGCAGUGGACUCACCAGAGGCGGAUCCCGAUCCACACAGACGGAGUGCCUUCUCCAUCGGCUUCACGGACCUGAGAGAGUCUCUUAAUGAACUGGAGGACCAUGACCUGGAUGCCCUGGUGGCUGACCUCGCAGCAAAAUCCACACCACAAGAUCCCUCCUCUGCGAGGCGGAACAGCAGCCUCACAGAAAAUCCAGCUGCCGCGACUCGGGGAUCUGAGGCAGCAGCCGCCCUUCCACGAACACCAAACACUGCUGACUCAUCCAGAGGAGCGGCGCAGAGGAUCGAACCCCAGACAAAGGCAGAGAAAAUUAAAUUGGCCCUGGAGAAGCUGAGGGAAGCCAAAGUGAGAAAGUUGAUCGUGAAGGUGGCGAUGGCCGACGGCGGCUCCAGGACCCUGAUGGUGGACGAAAGACAGACGGUGCGAGAGGUUUUGGACAAGCUGUUUGAGAAGACGCACUGCGACCGCAGCAUGGACUGGAGUCUGUGCGAGGCCAAUCCCGAGCUGCAGAUUGAAAGAGGCUUUGAGGACCACGAAAGCUUAGUGGAGCUGCUGUCCGUGUGGACCCGCCACAACGAAAACAAAAUCUAUUUCGUGUCAAGACCCCAGAAGUACGUGAUGUUCACAGAACCGCAGUUGUUUUACAUGUGGAAGAAGAAGACAACUCUGAGGGGGGUUACCGAGCACGCCAAGCAACUCCUACUCAAGGAACAUUUUGAGAGUUCAACUCUUGUUGUCCCUGAUCUCGAGGGCAUGCUGUUCAUGAAGGAAGAUGGGAAGAAGGUGUGGAAACCUCGCUUCUUUGUGCUCAGGGCCUCUGGCAUCUACUAUGUGCCCAAAGGAAAGACAAAGUCCUCCAGUGAUCUCGCCCGUUUUGUCCAUUUCGAAAAGGUUGACAUCUACACCGCCGACAACUACAAACAGAAAUACAGAGCACCCACCGACUUCUGCUUCCUGCUGAAGCAUCCCUGCAUCCAGAAAGAGUCUCCCUACAUCAAGUUCCUGUGUUGUGACAGCGAACACACACGGUUGCUGUGGGUCAACUCCAUCAGAAUUGCCAAGUACGGGACCGUCCUGUAUAGGAACUACCAGGCUGCAGUCAAGGUGUCCACUCUGCAAACUCUCCGCUCUGCUGGACACACAAACGCAUCCAAAACCCGCACCUCUGGGAUCCGCCCACAGCCGGGCCCUUCUCCACCCAACAUCACAGAUGUGGAAGACUAUUCUCAGGAGCCUCCGCCUGACUUCAUCCCUCCUCCUCCUCCUCUCCACAGACACGUCUGAGACACAUCUUCACCUCCGUCUCUGUAUCAGGUCGAAGUGCCCCUAUAGGCCAGAUUUGACCCUGGAGCCAGUGGCGACGUUCCAGUAAUGGUUAAACAUGUGGCAGUAGUUAGUACAUUUCAAAAGUUAUUUAAUUUCAAAUCUAGAACAAUAUUUAAUAGUGCUUUUGUCAUUGCGGACAAAUAUAUUAACAUUACAUGACAGCGUGAUGCAAACUUUUACAUCUUUCUCAACAGCUUCACGAAACAAAACGAACGGUUGUGUUCAUCGUUUCAACGAGCUGUUUAUUACAAAAAAAGACUGUACAUAAAUUUCAAUGAACACAUCCUAUGUACAAACUGAGAAGACAAAUAUUGAAUUCCAUUGAAGUUACUGAUCCCCCCACACACACACACACACUUCUGAUCAUAAGAAAAACACAUACCAAAGAAAGGCGCCUUGACCUGUGAUGCCCUGAAAUGCAAGACGUUAAGUGGUAAACAUUACAAAGUUCUGCACAUCA